AUGUCGGCGCUCAAUUCCACCAGCUCCCACCCCGCCACGUUCGUCCUGGUGGGCAUCCCGGGCCUGGAGCAGGCUCACGGCUGGAUCUCCAUCCCCUUCUGUCUGAUGUAUGUCGUGGCGCUUCUCGGGAACUCCGUCCUCCUCAUCACCAUCCUGACAGAGCCCCGCCUCCACGAGCCCAUGUACAUUUUCCUCGCCAUGUUAACCGUGGCCGACCUGCUGCUCUCCACCUCCACGGUGCCGAAAGCCCUGAGCGUCUUCUGGUCUCUCUCUAAGGAGAUCUCUUUCCAGGCCUGCCUCGCCCAGAUGUUUUUCAUCGACUUCGUCUUUUUUACCGAGUCGGCCCUCCUGCUGGCCAUGGCCUUCGACCGGUACGUGGCCAUCUGCGACCCCCUGCGGUAUGCCACUAUACUGACGCACUCCGUCAUCAGGAAGAUAGCCGUGGCGGCCGUCACCAGGAGCUUUGGCAUCAUGGUCCCCACCUUCUUCCUCCUGACGCGGCUUCACUACUGCGGCCACAACGUUAUGCCUCACACCUACUGCGAGCACAUCGGCGUGGCCAAGCUGGCCUGCGUGGACAUCACCGUCAACGUUUGGUACGGGGUCACGGCCAGCCUCCUGUCAGCAGGGUUAGACGCUGUCUUCAUCGGCGUCUCCUACACCCGCAUCCUCUGCUCUCUCUUUAGCCGGCCGGCCCGAGGCGUCCAGCUCAAGGCCCUGAACACGUGCGGCUCCCACGUGUGCGUCAUCUUGAUGUUUUACACCCCGGCCUUCUUCUCCUGGUUCACCCUGCGGUUUGGCCACGGCAUCCCCCGCAGCACCCUCGUCCUCCUGGCCAACCUCUAUGUCGUCGUCCCCCCCAUGCUCAACCCCAUCGUGUACGGGGUGAGGAGCAAGCAGGUCUGGGAAGGAGCCGCCCGCGCCUUCUCCCAGCUGAGCGGCAAGCCGGGUUGGCGAUGGAGCUGGGGCGAGGGGACGUCGGGUGGACGCAGGGCUGGAACCGGCGGGCUCCGGAUUCCUGGAACGGGUCGUUUCAUGGGAGCGUUCCCCGCCCUGCCCUAA